CGGGCCGUACGAGAUAUAGAUAUAUUUGCGGGCCAGUGCGCAUAGAUAGACGAAUUAAUAUAACGGCGUAAUAAAAACGAUCUCGGCUCCGACGCGCGUUUCGUUAACAGGUUUUACUCGAUCGCGAGAUUUCGUUCGAUUCGAAAUUCCUAAUGAAUUGGUAAUGGAGUUUUGAAUUCGUUCCGUGCUGCCUGCUUCGAAGAAUUCUUCGAGGAAACUUCGAGGAAAGUUCGAGGAGGAGAAUGACUAGAACUAGUACGGUGCGUACCUUCAAACGCAAGUCGCUUUAUAACCAAGCACAACGUCCGGCGUUUUGCUGCAGGACGGUCGAUCGAAAUAAUACGCAAUGCCGUUCUCUUCGUCAUCCCGACGAUCGGACGGUAGAUGGUUCCCCCCUUGAUGUUCGAUAAUCGAAGGGGAAACGUCCUUGUUAUCCCGAGCGUUCUUCUUCGAGACGGGAGAGGGGGAAGGAGUCGAUCGAAGAAUAGUCUCGAUUUUGUCGACGUUGCUGUCGACGCUGGAACGCCCGUACCAUUGGAAGCUUUGCGAGGAGACGUUAGCAGGAACGUUAGCAGGAGCUCGGAGCACAGGCUCCUCGUUCUUCUCGAGAAAGUUGCAAACGCUUACGCGUCUCUCUCUUAGGAGGGACUUACCGAGAUAGGAGGAAGUCGGCCGUGCCAAAACGUCCAUCCUGUCGAAUUGACAAACGCUGCUACCGCGAUCACGUGGAUAAGGUGGUCUCGCAAACACGUCCAUUCUGUCGAAGUGGCAAAUACUCGAGGAGCCCCGGUGAUCCCUCUGAAGAGGUCUCGCCAAAACGUCCGUUCUAUCGAAGUAACAGAUACUCAUACCUCGAUCUCUCUGGGACGUUCUGCUUUGAAGAAUCUGAUAAUCCCCGCGAUCGACCUGACACACGCUCAUACCCCUCUCGCGUUGCUGCAACGGCUUGUCCAACGACUUACAAACGCUCGUCCUACGUUGACCCACUUUCGAUGAUUCCGUAAACUGGGACCCGGCUGUCGUCGUUAAUGCCGUCGCUAGUUCCUUCGAGCUCCUCACCGUUCCCCCCGGUUCUUCGUUCUCCGGGCGAUCGUCCUCUAUGGUAUUUUUCCUUACGGUACACUCCGCCAAAACGAGGGACUGCAGAUCGAAGGCGCUCUUGGCGCGUCUCGGUGUUUCCUGAUUGACCGCGACAAGGGACGCGCUGCUCGAACCGACGAAGACGCUGUUCUGUCUCGGUCUCCAGCACUCGGCGGUAGUGGUGCUGGGUACGCAGCUACUCUGGUGCACCGGGUGAUCCUGCCGGUGGAUGUUAAAUUUCGAAUAUUAUUAUUGGAAAAUGGCAAAUUUAUAUUUGUGGAUUUUUAUGUUGACCUUAAUAUUAAAUCAAGCAAAUUCAGUAAGACUAUUUAACUGGUUAUGGGGUACACAUACCGAUGAUACAAACGUUUUGGUUGCCGAUGGUGUACCUUUGAUAUCAAUACCAUAUGAAGCUAUGACGGAAGAUGAAAAGUUUCUACAAGAAGCUGCAAAGUUUACAGAUAUUCAAGUUUCGUCCCCUUUAGAAACGUGUCAGCAUAAAGUAAUUAUGAAAAUAAGAACUUCCUGCUACGAUAUGACCGAAGAGCAGCUUGCCAAAUUGAGCGUCAAUUUAUUGAAUUGUCAAUCAGCAGUAGAAGGAAGAAAAAUGUUUCCCUGUAGAGAAGAGAUGUCCCUUAAACAAUGCACCACGGAUAUGGAUGCGGAUAUGUGGAAUGCAUAUCAUUUGAUGAGUAAUAGGGCUCGAGCGGUUUGUUAUGCGGCCCGAAGUACACAAUUUCGUGCUCUAACCGAAUUAACGGUCAAUAAAUUGAUGCAAACUGCACAUUCGCAAAUUAAAACGUUAAUAUCCUUGAAGGAAAGUCAGGAUCAUUUGAUGGAUCGGACAAGCGAGGCGUUAUCCUCGUUGUCGGACAGCAAUAAGGCAUUAUUAUUACAACAACAAAAUCUAAAGGAUGCUCAAACGAGUGCUCACAAAUUGGUAACUACUAAUCUUAGAAAUUUAAAUAACGAAAAGGCAUUGAUCCGCCUAGGUCACUCUCAGCUUGCGACCAUGGUCGAAGACGUGAAAGGGAAAUUAGAGAAGGCAACCGAAGAACUUGUUAAACAAUCUACAGUACGUGGAGAAAGUCAUAAGGAAAUAUUAGAUGACUUAACAAAUAUACAAAAUCAAGUAGAAUUAAUUUGGGAAAAGAUAGAAUCUAGUACUAGCCUUAUACUUGAUCAGCAUCAGGAAGCUGCCAAUCAGUAUGAACAAAUGAUGGAAAAGUUGGCGCGUAUUAAUGAUACUAUUCAGUUUAUCUCCAAUGCGACCAAUAAAAUCCGUACAGAAAUAGAACAGAACAUUCAUCAACUCGAUUGGAUUACAGAUUACAUCGGGGAUACUGGGGAACAAUUACAAAAAGUAUAUCGCACAGUUUUGCAUAUUUUGUAUCUAUUAAUUGCCAUGAUAACUGCUGCAUUUCUGAAUGCACCCUUUUGGACCAGAGCGGCUAUAAUGGGCAUUGUACCUUUAAAUCUUUGUUCUUAUCUGAAACAUGGCUUGGACGCUUGCCUUGAUUUUCCUUCCAUCACAGCAUUAAUAUUUUUAAUAACAAUGAUGCAUUUUUUAAUGAAUGGCAUACAAUAUAUUUGUAGAUCCAAAUUUCAAAAUCCUGAAUCAGUAAGAUCGAUUAAUGGGUUAUCCAAUGGUAACACUCGUAUUUAUGCAUCACCUUCUGAUUCCAAUUCCAUUCAAACAGCAUUCACCUGCUCCGUAAUAACAAAGACAGUUUGCAACUUUUCCAUUACUAUACUUAAUAAAAUAAAUAGUUUAAAAGAAAAAACCAUAAAUUUGAUUCAAUCGGUAGCUUUGUGGAGUCGACAAAAUAUGUCCGUACAAGAGCAGCUUUCUUGUUCGUAUAUACCGGCAAAAAAGUCGCACAAUGAUGUCUAUAACUACGAUUAUCCUGACAUGUCCGACGAUAUUUCACCGGAAGAUAUAUCUAACAAAUUUGACAAUAGCUAUAAUAUUACUGAUGAUGUCAAUAAUUUCACGAAUAGAAAUGAUCUCAGAUAUCGCUUAAAAGGAGUAAGAGAGUUUGUUGCUACGACUGAAGACAAAAAUUCAUCUCUAAGCUCAUCCAGGAGCGGUAGCCCAGUACCACGUAUGUUAUGUAAUGGAUUAACGCGAGGCGGGAAGAGAUGCCGUUUGUUUGCAACCAUCGGUCGUGAGUUCUGUUCUCGUCAUUCUACCGGCACAUCGAUUAUAACCGAUUAAUAUAUUUUAAUAAAAAUAAUACUUUUAUACAGCUAUGUUUAUUAAUCGAUAUAAUAGUAAACAAUAAGGUAUUUCGUAUGUUCCUUAUCGCGUUAACUUAAUUAAAUGUAGUUUAUAGGAAUGUGCCACGAUACAAGGUUAGUGAUAUGUUUCUUAUUUAUUAUAAUACAUUUUAACAAAUGCGCUUAAGACAUGUACGUAUACAAAGUUGUUAAUGAUCUACAUUUUAUAAUUUUUAUUUGAUUUUUACAUAAGAUAUAAAAGCAAAAUACUCAUUACUUUUAUGUAUAUUGUACAAUGUAUGUUGAAAUUGGAUGAAUGCUUAAGUAAUUUUAUAAUCUACGAUUAGAGCGGAUAUAAGUUGUCAGUAAGAAAUGCUUCUGUUAUACCCCGAGAUAACAAAAUUAACACAAUAUUUAAGAGGUAGAUAUACUAUUGUUUAAUCAUUUCAAAAAAGUGCCUUAAUAAAAUUAAUAUAAUUUUACGUACGA